AUGGCACAUUUAAAAUUUUGGAAUGCUUUUCAAGCACUCGCUGGUCCCAUUGUAAAGAAAAAAACAAUGAGUCAAGCUAGUAAGUCUGCAGCCAUUCAAGUAGAUAAGAAUGCAACUCCAAAAACACAAAUGUCCAUUGAUACUCUUGCCGCUCUAAGAAAAAAACAUGAUACUACAAAUGUUAUCCAACGUAUGGAUGACGUUCAUAGUAAGGAUAUAAACGGACCAAACAAAGCAAUCGGACUUACGGUGGCUGAGUGUGUUAAAGCAAAUAAAACUAAAAUUGAACCACCGCCGAGUAAUAAUCAAUCCAAAAACACGUCUUCAUAUUCUGGAACACAAGAUCCGCCAAAAAGCAAAUAUCAGUUUUAUCCAAAAUACCAUGCACCACCUUUGAGAGUCUUUCAAUUUAAAUCUUUCGGUGAGCGCAUAAAUGAAAUCGACUUGCGCCAACUCGCUUUGUACCACAUUGAGCACGAAAAUGAGCGACUGCCGGAAGAUGAUGAAACUUAUUUCUAUCAAACGUUAAAAAAAUGGACAAUAAUAAAUUUGACCAAUGAGUUUAGUGCGUUAAGUCGAAAGUUCACUAAAAUCGUCACCUUAGCACAACUCUUGCAUGAGAGGGAUUUCGUGGUCGACGCACUACUCGAACAUUUGUCCACAGCUACAGUGCUCUCAUUACAGCCGACACUGGAAUUAUUGUAUGUGUUGGGACGUGAUUUGCGUGAAGAUUUUUAUGUCUACUUUCAACGCAUCUUGGAUCGUUUGAUCUGUUUAUUUAAUACACAGGAUGGUGACCAAUUGGAAUGGACGCUUAUAUGCUUGGCGCAUUUGUUUAAAACUUUGAAACCAUACCUCAAAAAAAAUAUAGGAGUUGUAUUCAAUGCUAUACUACCACUGCUAGACGAGCAAUGUUACGAGGAGCACGUCACAAACUUUGCAGUUGAAUGCUUCGCUUAUGUCGCGCGUGACCUUAGGGAUUAUCGCAAGUUUCUGGAUUUUGUGUUGGAGACGGUGAGGCGUGAGCAAGUAGAUAGUGUACGCGGAUGUGGACGUUUAAUUUUUGAAAUACUGCGUGGCGUUAAGGGGCAGUUGCACUCGGUCGCUGGUAAUUUGCUGCAGUUCCUAUUUGAAUGUUUGGUGGAUGAGCAACGUAAAGAUAAGGUGAAGGCGCAGUUACUAUUUGAGAUUGUGCGUUAUGCCAUGCAGGAACUGUUGAUAUUUGUAAAUGUUGGUAGCGUAAAUUUGUUUUGGCAAAAAUUAUGCGAAGUGGCAAAAUGCCGACAGAACUGUAACAAAUUGGAGUAUUUAUUGCCGAUAUUUAUUUUAGGCGCUGAGUAUAAAAAUGGACGCUACUUGGCGGAAAUGGAUGUGGUAGUGCCGACAGUACUAAAAUUAUAUGAUAUCUGUAAACAAGCUAAGCCAGAGAAGUCUAGAGAAGCCUUGGAAUUGUUGGUAACGCUAGUGGCUAAAAUUUUGUUGUCAGACUCGAAUCAAUUGACGCAGCUGGACACGAGCCGUUUGAUUAAGAAAUUGUUGACGCUGGAACAACGUGAAAUUUACAGUACAUUUGUGCUCGCUGUAGUCAAUCAUGCACAAUUUGAGCUGUUAAUAUUGCCUGCAGUGGUGAGUCAUUUUGAACAGCAACUCGAUUUGGAGUCAUUUGAACUGUUAAGUAGAGUCGUUUUGCAAAAGCAACCUUUAGCAUUAAAUGCCAGUGGUCUACAACAAUGGAAACGUUAUGCAUUACAAGUAAAAAGCCAGUCUACACUGAAAAAAAUUGUCAGCAGACUACAAGAGUUGAGUAAGAGCGCUGAGCACUUGGAGGAAUACUUGCUGUUACUGAUAUUGGUGCCACAUUUGAAUGCUUUGGAUGUGGACUCUUUAACAGCUAGCUUUGUAGACGCUGUGGAGGAGUGUGUAAAAAAAAUUAACGCUUCAGUAGAGUCGCAAAAGUAUCUACUACUCCUAGCUGUGCUAGUUGAGACAAGUAUACAUAUUGAUGUCAACCUCAAGAAACAGCAAUUGGAAGGCAUACUAAACUGUUUGUUGGCACAUGUGUGCAAUCCACAUGUCUUAGGCAUGCUGGAUCUGCUGUUAUUUAAAUAUAGUACCACAAUCAAAACAAAUAAAGAGCUACCUGCGCAGCUAUCAAUGCUUUUAGGUCAACAUAAUCGCAAUAUACGUUUAACUGCGGCACAUUGUCUGCACACGCUGCACAAGAGUACAGCGGGAAAAAGUCCAAAUCCUUAUAAAAUCUUCUACGAUGCUGAAUGCAUUGAACCAAAUGUCUAUAACUAUCGCGAACAAUUGUUGUUGCUGCAAAAGUUGGAGACGGCCGGUGAGUACUUUAAGUCCAUGACCGACAAUAAUUACAGAAUGGAUACAUUACGUUACUUGCUGGGUUUAUUGUACAUAAACUUCAAACCCAUUUGGUUGCCAGUUUUGAAACUGGUUGAAGAGUAUGCCAAAGUUUUGCCUGCGCAAGAUUUCUGGUUGAUCUUCAAGGAAAAACUGGAGAGCACAGCGGCAGCCAUACACUAUGAAGAGGUAGAGCAGGCAGUGCUACCAGCAGAAAGUGUUGCGAUACAAUGGCAGAGUGUGGCUUUGAAUGAUUUGUUAACACCGCAUGUUUCCGUGCCACUUACGCAGCAAGAAUUAUUUAAUUAUCGUAAUCUGCUAUGGACACGUCUGCCACAAUUUGGUCAGCUUGUGGAAAUUAAGAAUCGUGACUUGGUUACGUUGUUUCUUAAUUUUGUCAGUGAAGAAUAUCGCAAACAUUUGGAAAAAUACGAGUUCAAUUGGAACUUAUUAGCUACAAGUGAAACACAAAUAGCAUUAGAAAUGGAGGAUGCGGACGAUGAUGAAGCAGACGAUGAUGAUAUGCAGCAGAGCAGCGGCAACAGCACACCAAAGCCGAAACGUCGUGUGAAGCAGAAACAAAAUACGAAAGCUAAAUUCAUACUAGAGACUUUAAAGAGUAAACUUGGUAUAUUCGUAAAUCAACCAAAUCCUAAAGCACUUUAUCGCGAGCCAAAACUAUAUAGUUUUUAUAUGGAUUUACUUGCUUGUCCCAAUGCGCAAUUACAAAAAGUGGCGUUGGAUUGUGUACUCGCUUACAAAGUAAAAGCCUUGCUUAAUUACAAAGAACAAUUAUACGGCAUCAUUGAUGACAACAAAUUCAAAGAAGAACUCAUCAAUUUUAAAUUGGACACAGUAGUGGAAGAGCAACGUCAGCCACUUAUGUUAAUACUGCUACGUUUGCUCUAUGGCAAAAUGAUCACUAAAGGUGCACAACGCAAUGUCAGUCCACAAGCGCGUAAAGCUUUAAUCCUACGCUUUUUGGGUCAAUGUACAACGGAUGAAAUGCUUUGGUUUCUACAAAUGGCAUUUGGAAAAUAUGACAAGUACACAAAUGAUGCCGUUAACUUGAAUGAGGUGCCUGCGCUAGUAGCAGCUGAUUUUCAACUUAGCGCUGUCUGUUCAGCAAAGAAGCUGCAAAAUAUAGUUAAUCUACUGGAGCUCAUACGUAAAGAGUUUGGUGGCUUGGUGCAACGAGAGUUCCAUAUGUACAUGAUCAAAUUGCUCACAUUUGUGGGCAGCGUUUGUAAUGCUGUGCUCCAAACAGACACCAGUCAGCUGCAUGCCAAGAUGCCUGUUGUCUAUAAAAAUGUGAAAAAUAAUGCUUUACAGGGUUUAGUCAAUUUCUUUGCGCAUAUUACAGAAUUUGAGUGGCAGCUAGCAGAUAUGAAGUGCUUAACUGAAGUCUUCGUUUGGCCAACAAUCGAAAAAUUACCUCUGGAUGGCAUACAUUCACCCACCAAUUUACUCAAAUUGCUCUUGCAGUGGGGAGAACAACCGAAACUUUUUAUUUAUCUGAACCAGCCGCAUGCGAGCAGUCAGCAAGUCAUUUUUCACUAUAUCAUGGAGCUGUUGCUGAAUGAGAAAACGAAAGCUGCUGUACGAAAGCCAAUUUUAGAGUUAAUCGAGCGUUUGUUGGUUGCCUACGAAGCUUACAAACUAACACCCACAACAACAUACAACACACUUGAGUUGCUUAAACCAUUCAUACCACAAAUAUUAAAACGCUUGCGCAUGAACUUAGCUGCCAAACGUACAGGUAAACAGAAUCUAGACAAACGUGAGCUGAAUAUACUCUCUUUGCUGACUACGCAUGUUGAAGAUGCGGAAACAUGCGAUAGCCUACUACAGUUGUUGCUGCCCAUACUCAUUGCCCGUACACAAACAGUUGCCGGUGAAGAGCAAGUCAUUACACAAGUGAUUAACACGCUAUCAAAUCUUAUAAAGCGCUUGUCAAGUCCUGAAUUGUACCUAUUGAAGAUAGCACCACUAUUUGAGCAAGUGCAGGAAGUGACAGGACGUAAAAUGCUCUGCCAACUGGUAGCUGACAUAGCUAAGGUACGUUGUAAGCAAACAGAUGAUUCCAAUUCUAUAGAAGUUGCACUAUGUGAACGCCUGAAGAAGAUUGCACGUAUUAUGCAUAUGCUGAAUGCUUGGGAUAAACGUUGGGUGGAACAACCUGACUAUGAAAUGCGUUUGGAAGCCUUCAAAGAAAUCACACAACAGGUAAAUGCUGCCACAGUUGAUAUGGAUCUUGGUGUGUUGGUGAUAUACAAUUGUUUUUACUUCAUCAAAUAUGACAAAGACAUGGGUUUGAGAGAUAAUGCCAGCGAGCAGCUAAAACUACUCGUGCCCAAGCUUUUACAAAUAUAUGCCGCAGAUAAAGUGCAACUCAGAUAUUUGAUGAAUGAUGUUUUAUUAAAUUUAUUGCGGCGUCUCAUACGUGACCACAAUGAUAAUGCACGUAACGAAGGUAUAAGACUGCUUGGCGAAAUGGUGCGCACAUCUGCUUUCGCACACGAAGUCCUCGUAGAUCUGGAACCACUUGUGAAUAAACAAGACGCCGAUGCAGAUUUCUUUGAAAAUAUCACACAUUUGCAGAUAAAAAUGCAUGGACGUGCACUACUGAAGUUUGCACAAGCUGCAGAGACAUUCAUCAAACCACCCAAUGCACAAACUCUAACACAGUUUGUGCUACCAUUGACUUCAAGGUAUUUGCUACAAGAAAAAUAUGCUGGCAUGAAUUCAGUUGUUGAUGCCGCUAUAGAGGCUGUUGGAGUGGCUUGUCAGCUCUUGCCUUGGACACAAUACUAUAACGUAUUGCGUUACUACCUCUCUAAAAUGCGUACAUCCUUGGAACAACAAAAGCAGAGUGUGCGUAUUGUUGUGCGCAUACUAGAUGCCUUCCACUUUGAUUUGACGAAAGCCGAAACUGAUCAGUUAGCAUUAACACAAUUAAAGCAGGAAUUAACUGAGUACGGAGUUGCAGAAUCAAAGGUAAAGAAAAUAGACACUACAGUUGCGAAAACAACAGAAACGUCACUGUCAGAAAAUGUCUCCAAUAACAAAGAUGAAGAAGUUGAUGAAGACAACAAAGCACAAGCAGAUGAUACCACAAAUUUUGAUGCUGACUUGGAAGCUGAUAGCGAGUCAGAUGUUGAAACAGAAAAUGAGACAACAAAUACGGUUAAUGUGACACAAAAGUCUUUACUGCAGCAACAUUUAGUGUUGUCCGUUGGUGCUGCCAAACGUGUGAUAUCCACCAUAACUACUAUACUCAUACCCACGCUUAAUCGUUCCAUUACCGAGAAGAGUAGCUACGAUACGAAACAUAAAGUGAAUCGCAAGCGGUUGAGCAUUGAACGUGAGGAAGAAGAAAUUUUACGUGUGCCUAUAGCUUUAGCUAUGGUGAAGCUGCUACAGAAACUACCUAAGGACCUAUUAGAUGCUAGUUUACCAGGUAUUUUUAUGAAAGUCUGCACGUUUCUACGUUCACCUUUGAAGUCGGUGCGGCGGUUCACACUUGACAAUCUGAAAAAAAUAAUGAAGUCCUUGGGUUCUAGUUACCUAGCAUUGCUUAUGGAUCAUUUGCAAACACUACUGACCCGUGGUUUCCAAAUACAUGUGCUUUCUGUCACUGUGCAUGGUGUACUCGAUGAGUUACGUGAGAUAUUACAAGCGGGUGAUAUAGAUCGCUGUCUAGGCAAUGUUUUAGAAGUGGCUAUGAAUGAUAUUUUUGGAGAGGCGGCUGUGGAAAAGAGUAUUGAUAAGAUCACCGCACACACGCCAGAAGCAAAGCCAAGUGCCAAAAGCUAUCUAAUCUUGCAUAUAGUAGCGCGUAACAUACAGGAAACAUGUUUACUCGAUUUACUCUUACCUUUUCGGGAUCAUCUGACACGUUCACAGUCCAGAAAAGUAACUAUGAAAAUACAAGAUUGUUUUGCCAAAAUUGUUGCUGGUUUGGUGGAAAAUGCGCACAUAACAUGCCAGAGUUUACUUUAUUUUGUUUAUGGUACAAUAUCGGAAAGCAUAACCGACUUAUUGCCGGGCACACAGAAACGAGUGCUUAGUGAUCAAGAGAAGGAGAAAAUGCGACGAGCGCGCCCUGAUUGCUAUAUCAUACAACCAGCGCCACGCACAAGAUCUGGCGCUGUUAAUAAAAUUGUUAAAUCGAAUGCACAAGCAAAUGCGCACAUAUUGAUUGAAUUCGGUUUGGAAAUGUUGUACAUUGUCCUGAAACGUAAGAAGCUUAUGUCGGUGAAUUAUCAGCCAUUUUUGCAUCCUUUACUACCACUCCUUAGAGAUUCCUUGAAAAGCACACAUAUACGCUGCACAACAUUUGCGCUGAAAUGUUUUGCUUCGAUUUGGAAUGAGGAAUAUGAACUGCCUGCAUUACAGGAAUACAUAACAGAUAUUGUGUCACGCAUGUUCGAAAUACUAAAGAAUUUUUCCACUUUCGGUGCCACUAAACAAGAAGAUAACUUUCAACUGGUAAAGUCAUCCUUUAAAGCAAUCGUCGCACUUUUGCGGAAAUAUACUGAAUAUGAGUUGACUGAAGAGCAAAUCACGCAGCUGGUGCUUUAUAUCGAGCAAGAUUUGUAUGAAGGUGAAAACCAAGCUAUGUGCUUACCACUGCUUAAAGCCUUGGUUACGCGUAAGGUGGACUCAAGGGCUUUACAUGAAUUGAUGAAAAAGAUCGGCGAUCUAUCCAUUGUUUCUCAAUCGGAUUUCGUGCGUAAUGAAACGCGCGCAAUACUUUUCAUCUACCUUAUGGAAUAUAAGCUUAAACACCGUGUGGAUCAGGUUAUAAAAUUCAUGUCGGCACAACUGUGUUAUUCCCUGCCAACUGGACGGCAAUCAGUGAUUAAGUUCUUUCACACUGUCAUACAAAAAUUUCCACAUAAGAUUCUUGCAAAACGUGCCGAGUUUUUGUUUCUAACGUUGGGUUUACGUUUGGUCAACGAUGAUGAACCUGAUUGUCGUAGAGCAGUCGCAGAAUGCAUUGAAUUAUUAAUAAACCGUUUGGAUAAAGUCAAUCGUCAAUUGCUAUUUGAUAUUAUUUUAUUAUUAAUGGAAUCUAAUGAUAAAGCCACGACAAGGGAAAUGGGCGCUUGUUUAUGUUCACGUUUCGUCAAUGUCGAAAAGCAAUCCUUUUCCCCGCGUCUAAAGACAAUAUUGUCCUCAAUACAAGCACGUAUCACCCUAAACAAUCCAAAUGCGCCGGGUAGAUUUGUACGUGCCCCCGCUGUCUUAGGUGUUGAUGUGCAUGCGGAAGAUGUGAUACAAAACCAUAAAAAUAAAGGACGACGUCGUGAGUUAUAUGAGAAGAUGGAUCAUUUAAUUGGUAAUGAAGAAGCACUUGCUGAGACAGUUGAGGAAAAGCAGCGAGCAAUCGAUCAUGAAGUUAUACAAAUGCAAUAUUGUCUGCUGAAGAUAUUCGAUUACUGCGGUCAAACAUGUUUCUCCAAUGAAGAACUAGUAAAUAUCGUCGAUGAACUCGCCUAUGAGUCACAACGUCUACUUGCACAUGAACACUCCCUCGUGCGCUGCAAUGCAGCCAAAAUACUCACGCAUGUACUGGGAAACUAUGAUUUCGAUUUAGUUGCGCAAAUUAUUAAUAAAGAAAAAACUUUGGAAAGCAUAAACCCACAGUCAGCGAAGCUCAAUUACAUUUACAUAAAUCCCGAAUUGGAUAUAAAGUCUUUGACUCUGGAUCUUUGUGCGCAAAUUACACCUGGGGAUACUGCGCAGGAGAUGAUAGAUGAGAUAGUGAAGAUAUUUCUCUACAUAGGCAAUAUGUUGCGAAAUGUAUCGCUGGCGAAUGUUGAGAUCAAAAUAAAUUUACAUUGGUUUGCACGUAGGAUACGUUUUCUGAUUAAUAAGGAAGUCGCUAGAGCACCGCACUCCACACAAAUCCGUACAGCACUAUUCACUCUUAUCGAAGGAUUUAUCACGUUGCUGAGCGUUGAGACCAUAGAGAUUUUGCUGCCCACACUUUUGCCUACACUUGUGCGUGAAAUGUCAGAGGAUGACGACAGUGUAGAUCUGAAGCUGAGGCAAUUAGCUUUGCAUGUUGGCAGUCGACUACGUAAGCGUAUUGGCUCUGAUCUCUAUGAUAAGUUGCGUACAAAUGUACAAACUGAACUUAUGAUGCGCCGAGCUGAACGUAAGAAGGUUAUAGCUCAAGAGAAGAUACACGAUCCAGUACGUGCCGCAAAACGUAAGGUCGGCAUACAGGAACGUAAGAAGGCCGCUAAAAAACGAAAAACAGAACUGAUGCGCGGUAAAGUGGAAGACGUUAAACAGAAACUGAAGAAACGAAAACGUAAAGCCGAAGAUGAUUUAUUCUAGCAAAGUGAAGUGAUUAACUUAAAUGCAUGAUUAUAAUUAAGUACAUAUUAAGAGGAUUAAGAGUGCUUAAACUGAAGAUGCUUUGUUCUACCAAAUGGAGAGAUUAAUUUAAAUGCAUGAUUAUUAUAAAGUAAAUAUUAAGAGCAUUAAGAUUUAGUAUUGUAAAAACCUUGCAUUGCCAAAAUGUAAAUCUUUUACUUAAAAGCAUAAAAA